AUGGAGCCAAAUUGCCACUAUCCUCACGUGUGGAACUGGGGUGGGACUGGUGUCAGAGACAAAUUUGCUACUGACCAGGUACCCGCACUAUCAAUCAACCCUGCAAAGAUAUCGGCCCUUUUGGCAGUUGAUUGUGGUGGUAGUACUGUCGGUACUGUCGGUACUGUCGAUGUAGAUGCUGAUGCUGAUGCUGAUGCUCAUGCUCAUGCAGUGUCGGUGCUACCAGCUUACCAGGAUUUGGCUGCUGAUGAUGGUCAGGCCCUGCCUUUGAUUUUUCCUGACCGGUUUUGUUCGCCGGCUCAAGCCCCAAUUACAAUCCUCAGUCUGGCUAGCGUCCUGUUCCGUUUGCCAUCCCCGUUGCCAAUACCAUUAGGUGAGGUCCAAACGAACCGUCCCAACCAACCUUUUCCACAUCAUCAUCAUCACCCUCAGCCCUGCCCUCGACCUUACAUGAGCGAUUGCAUUGCAUUGGACCAUAUCCACACCCUUCCGACCCAGAAAUCACAUCAUUCGUCGGUUCUGCACGCACAGCGGAUCACUGAAUUCGUGGCAACAUCCUUUUCGGCGCCGUCGGCGGGUGGUGGGCGGACUGGUUGGUCCUGCCGCACCAGCUCCAUCAAAAGGGGCAGGUUUGAGUCUGCAGCCAACGUAGACGUUCUUGCAUCGGACGCACGACAUCUCACUGAAGCCGACAUUAUCUCAUCGCUCACAACAGGGUACGACGCUACCCCUCCUCCGUCAUAUCAAGAAGCAGUCGACAUGUCCUUUUGGGGUGGCCUGGGGAAGAAGUGGGAGGAGGUGGCCAAGUCUGCAAAGGAAGGCCUGUCGAAGGUUCAGAAGGAGUUUGAGCAACCUCCAACUACUCAACCGUCGCAGCCGUCGCGCAGACCUGCUCCAUCAAAUCAACCAUCCCGACCGAGUGAUUUGCCUUCAUCUGGUCGCAACGUCGGUUCUUUAAGAAAUGUCUUCGAGAAUAAUUCAGGAUCUCCUGCUAUAGCUGAUCCUUACGCUCCGCCGCGACCGACUCCUUCCGACCCUUAUCCAAAGCAAUCGCCUUAUGGUGGAUACUCUGGUUCCACCACAUAUAGAGACCCUGUACCAAUACCCGAACCUACUAGUCCUUCGAAACAGUACAACUACCUUAACGACCCUAGUUAUACAUCGUCAUCGUAUGGCAGUGCGCCACCACCACCUUAUAGUCCUCUGCCAGCAACAACAACAACUGGCUCCUCUAUUCGACGAAACCCUGAAGAUGCAUUGACCGAAUUCUUAAAGAAUGAAAGGAACCCUUUAACUCAAAUAGGAAUUAGGAUCGACCCUAAAAACGACAACAUGUCUGAACCUAUGGAUGCUCCAAAGAAGGGUAAGAAGGGUAAGGGUGGUGCCAGUGGAAACGCUGGAAAGAAGAAAGAGUCCAAUGGAGAGCCUCCUACACCUAUUGAGCCACCAACCCCUAGUGACGACAAAUCUGGUGGCUCUGGGUCUGGAUCCGGUAAUGGUGGUGAUGAUAAGAAAGAUGACGACAAAGAUAAGGGAAAUAAGAAAAGUGAUGAUAAGAAGGACGACAAGAAGGACGACAAGAAGGACGAAAAGAAAGAAGAGGAGGUAGAAAAAAAGGAAGACAAGAAAGAAGAGGAACCCGAGACAGUACCACCCACACCAUCCGAAAGUGUCCCUCCGACACCAUCCGUGGAAAAAGGCGACGGGUUUGAAGCUGUACCGGGCAAGACAUCCAAAAAGAAGAAGAAGAGUAAAGGCAAGGAUGACAUUGUUCCACAAACUCCAGCUGAGGAUAAGCCUGAACCUAGCACCAUGUCUCCUGCAGACACAAGUGCCGCAGAUGCCGAGCCAAAAGAUAGGGAAGCACCGACCCUUGAGAUCAAUACCGAAGUCACAGAGGGUAAACCAGCAGAAGAAGUAUCAAAAGAUGCCGACGCAGGUUCUGAGGCUCCCGAGGUCACGGUUACCAAUGCCAACGACAUCGUGUCUCCGACAACAGCCCAGAUGAUUGAAGAUGCGAGCAGUGAAUUCCAAGCUUUAGUCGCUGAAAACAACACUUUAAAGACACAAAUUCAUGAUGUGGCAUCUGAAGCUGGCCGUUCUCUCUCAAGACUUGAGAAUAGAGUCUCUGAGCUUGGGGAUGAGAAAUCCGAGCUCCAGGGACGCAUCCAAAGCCUUGAAGUUGAAGUUGAAGAAUCUCGACAAAUGCAGGAAACAAUGAACCAACUUCAGAUCGAGCGAGGGAGACUUCAACAACUCACUGAAGAACAAGACUCUCAAAUCAAAGAAGUAUUAGAACUAUUGGAAAAGCUCAAUUCUGAAAAGUCAAAGUUCGAUGAAGCCGACUCGGGUAAGGUUGCAGCCGCGGAAGCCGAAGCCGCUAAGCUGCGGCAGGACUUGACAAAGGCGACAGCCGACUUCGAGGAACUCUUGUCUGAGAAAAAUAAAAUCAGCGAGGAGAAAACCGGAUUCCAAGAAACUGCUAAGACUCUCAGAAUCGAGGUUCGAGACCUUAAGAGAGAAGUUUCGAAGACGACAGAUGCCCUUGCAGAAAAGGAGAAGGAACUGCUCGCAGCUAAGGCGGCAAAGUCUGUCGGCAACGUCAGGGCAAGGGUUAGGGGUCUCGAAGAACAGCUUGAACAAAGAUUGCUCGACGAACUCGCCGCGAAAGAGGAAAGAGAACGGCUCAACGUUAGGGUCUUUGAGCUCCAAAAGAAAGUCGAUGAAGGUCCUAGUGAGGAGGAGUUCAACGAACUUCGUGAAACAAUUACCGAAAGGGACGCUGAAAUCGCCGGGCUGAAAAAUGAACUUUCAGAGGCCAAGAUCAAGAUCUUGGAGCUCGAGGCUACAAUUAUUGAACAAAGAGCUGCCCUCAGAGAUGUUGACCAACUCAAUGACGACAUUAUGCUGAAAGAUGGAGAGAUUGAGCUGCAGGCCACUGAAAUCACAGAGCUCAAAGCGAAGGUUGAGAAGCUUGAGGCUGAUACUACGGAGGUCGAUGAACUCAAAGCAGCUGCCGCUGAGCAAGAGGAGUUGAUCAAAACUGUUCAAGAACUUCAUGAAGACGCCAACAAAGAGCUUGAAGACCUAAGGAUGCUAUAUGAAGACGCUGAAGACAAGCUGAAAGAGAUGGAUGAGCUUAAGAUUCAGUUAGAAGAAGCAGAAAAGAGUGCAUCUAGCUCCCGAGAACUUCUCGCUACCCUCGGAUCAGAUAAAGGCUCCAUCCAAGGCAAGCUUACGGAGCUUGAGGCAGAGAAAAUUCAAAUGGAGAGCAGGCUCUCUGCCCUUGAGGCCGAAAAAACUGAAAUCGAAGGCAAAGCAACUGCUCUUGAAACUGAGAAGGCAGAGAUCGAAAACAAAGUGUCUGCUCUCGAAACAGAAAAGGGAGAGAUUGAAGGAAAGUUCUCCGCUCUUGAAACCGAGAAGGCAGAAAUUGAAGACAAAUUCUCUGCUCUCGAGGCUGAGAAGUUUGAGCUUCGUGAAAAAGUGCAAUCCGUUGAAGACGAAAAGUCAUCACUAGAAGAACAAGUUGCUACUCUGACAGAAGGAAAUACUACCCUGGACGAGAAGAUCUCUGCACUCGAAGAAGAAAAUAUAGCACUUAGCGAUUCAUUGCAAACCACAAAAGAUGUCGAGGUCGCUGCCCUAAAUGAUAAGGUUGCCGAACUCACGAGUGUAAGAGACGCUCACGAGACAGACCUUACGGCGACUCGCGAAGAAAAGGAUGGUUUGGUAGUGAGCUUCGCAGCUCUCAAGAUUGAGAAAGAUGAGCUAGAGGCGGCACUUCAAGCGUCUCGCGAUGCGCUUGCUACACUCGAGACCCAACUUUCCGCCCAAAGCCAAGGUACCACAGUCUUCGUCACCGAGAUCAAUAGUCUCAAAGAUUCCCUCACUACUACAAAGGCAGACCUCGCCGCCGCGAAGGAGGAACUUGAGGCAUCUCGAGGCGUCCAUGACGAAGCUAAAUCAGGGCUCGAAAAUGCAAAUGCUGACCUAGCCGCUGCGAAUGACAAGCUAGCUGGUUUGGAAAGCGACAUCGGUGCUAAGAUCGCCGAGAUUACUGGUCUUACAGGAAAUGUUGCAAACCUCAUUAGCGAUAUUGAAGCUAAGGGGGCGGAAUUGAAUGAAGCGAGAGCUAGGGCUGACCAUCUCGAAGCUCAGCUUGCCUCAAAGACGAAAGAGCUGGAAGAGAUUGGUGACAAGACUUUCAACGAACGACUCGAGGAAGAGAUUGCGAAGAGUACAGGUUUGGCUGCUGAGAUCGAAGUUUUGAAGGCCAAUGAGCCGGUUUCUCGGGAGGCGCCUGAGGUACUCGCAGAAGUUGGUGCCCUACGAGAUCAGCUCAACGACGCAAACGCCAAAGUUGAGGCGCUCGAGGCAGAGCUUUCCGGCCUUCGAGAUGUUCCUGAACAGGCUGAAGGACAAGCUGAUUGUAGGGAGCAUGCCAAUCAGAUCUACGACCUUACUCAUCGGAUCGAAGAUGAUAGGAUUCGGUUGGAUGUUACUCGCGACGAGCUUACGCGAACACAAGAUGAACUUGCAGCAUACCAAGGCAGGUUUGAUGACGUCGAGAAGCAGAAGAUUGCCGCCCAGACCCGUGCCGCAGAGACCCUCGAGGAAUCGGUUGCUUUGCGAGCAAGCCUCGAAGAAAUGGAGCAGCGGGCUUUGGAAGCCGAAUCCCGCAUCACCGUGCUACUAUCUGGAAAGGGUGACUAUCAGCGACCACGACAGACGCCAACACCACCUGCCGAAACCGUUGAUUUCGAGGAGAAACUCCGCGGCUCCAGGCAGGCGUUCGAUGCCCAAGCUACUGUAGAUGCUGAUGAUCCUGGGUUUUUACCGAUUCCUGAUGUAACAGCCGCUGCUACAACAGAGGCGUCCCGAAGGGAACGACGUCGGCGACAUCGUACUGAAGAGGAGAGACGUGAGAAAGAUAGGGAUAGACACGGUCGCACUGAUGAUGAGAGAGAGGAUCGUAGGAGACGCAAGGAAGAACGGAAGGAGCGGAAGGCACUGGGUCGCGAGGUCCCUGAUAUCGCUGUUUCGCGAGAAAUGGCAGCUGCCACGGAAGACGAGUCUCGGGACAGAGAAAGAGAAAAGCGAAGGCAUCGGAGAACAGAGGAACGCGAGAAGGGCGAAAAAGAAGAGAAGGAGCGGUACCGUCGUGCUCGAGGGCUUUCUGGAAGCGAACCACGAUCUCCCGAGGUUGCACCACCAGCUGAUGAGGAUGAGGAACGCCGCAAGCGUCGCGACAAGACACGGAAGAGUCUCCUUACUGCUGCCGCUGCUGUCACCGCCGCCACUGCAAUUCAAUCGAUGGGUAGUGGCAGCCGCCGUGAAGCCCCUGUCAAGGAAGAGAGGGAGAGCAGUCACCGUGACAGGGAGCAUAGGGAACACAGACACCGCUCUCACCAUCGUUCGACCCGAGGAGAAGAAAGACGCUCCAGAACCAUCGCUGAUACUCCUACGCUGUCACAAGGAGUCACUAGUGAUGACGCCCCUUCGUCGCCAAUUGAUGAAUUCAAUACCGAUCCGAACAGCCUUGACCCUCGACGUCCCGAUGGGCGAUCUCUACGAACCCAAUCACAGCGACACUCACGAUUGAUGAUCGGCGGAUACGAGUAUGAAAGCCCACGAAUUGCCAAUGUCACAACAUAUGUUGUCAGUGAGAAUAAAUCCGGUGCAAGCGAGUCCGGAGACGAAGGUUACCAGGACAGAGAUGCUAAAGGUUGGGGGAAAGUCCGCGGCCUUUUGAAACGGAACCAAACUGUUGUGUAA